AUGAAAUUUUUUAAUUUAUUAAAAUUUUUUGGUUCAUUGAAAUUUGAGACAAGAAAAAAACUUAUUUUGCAAAAUAUACGUAAUCUUGCUAUGCCUGCCACCAAAGAGGUAUAUAAACGAAACAAACCACAUAUGAAUGUUGGUACUAUCGGACAUGUCGAUCAUGGCAAAACUACUCUUACUUCAGCGAUUACUAAAGUGCUAUCGGCGAAAAAAUUGGCUAAAUUUAUGAAAUAUGAUGAUAUUGAUAAUAUACCGCAAGAAAAAGCUCGAGGUAUUACAAUACAAGCUGCACAUGUCGAAUAUGAGACGGAAAAACGACAUUAUGCGCAUAUUGAUUGUCCUGGCCAUCUUGAUUAUAUCAAAAAUAUGAUCACAGGUGCAGCUAUGAUGGAUGGGGCCAUUCUUGUAGUUGCUGCAACGGAUGGUGCCAUGCCACAGACUCGUGAACAUUUACUUUUGGCUAAACAAGUCGGGAUUCCCGUGCAAAAUGUCGCUGUAUAUAUGAACAAAAUUGAUGAAGUACCAGACGCAGAAACUCAGGAAUUAGUAGAAAUGGAAAUGCGUGAAUUGCUGCAUGAAUUCGGUUAUCCAGGAGAAGAUUGCCCAGUAAUAUUUGGCUCUGCUUUAUAUGCUUUAGAAAAUAAAAAGCCUGAAAUUGGAGAACAGUCUAUACAUAAACUUCUAAAAGCGCUUGAUGAUGUUUUCGUUUUACCUAAUCGUAAUGUCGACACUAUAGCAAUGUUUCCCGCUGAAAAGGUGUAUUCGAUUCCAGGGCGCGGAACAGUUAUUACGGGAAAGCUGGAAAGAGGAAAAUUGAAGAAAAAUGAUAAAGUUGAAAUUCUUGGCAAUGGAAAAAGUCCUGUGAAAUCUACAGUCAAAACUGUGGAACAGGCUGAAGCUGGCGAUCAGUUGGGAAUUUUGCUUCGUGGUGUUGAUACUAAAGUAGUAAAACGUGGAAAUGUUUAUUUUCUGGAUAAAAUUUAUAUGUACCUGUUAAAACCAGAGGAAGGUGGGAUGAACGUACCGGUUGCAAACUAUUUCAGAAAACACAUUUUUUCAUUAACUUGGGAUACAUCUUGCCGUUUGAAAAUCAAAGGAAAAGAUUUUAUUAUGCCUGGAGAAGCUGUCGAAAUUUCACUGGCUUCUACCAUGUAUGUCGAACCACAGCAACGUUUUACGCUUCGUGAAGGAUCGAAAACUAUUGGAACUGGUGUCAUAACCCAUUUGCGUCCACCUUUAUCCGAUGAAGAAAAGGAGAAAAGAACAUUGAAGAAACUUAUGAAGGUCGAAAUAGAACGGCUUGGCUUUUGUCCCUAUGGUGAAUUGAUUGAAAAACGCUUGAAACCGGAUUACUCACACAGCCCAAAAGAUAAUCCACUCGCUAAAGUCUUCGAAGCCUCGUAA